CGGGCUGAGCACUACCCUUCGACCACUAGCCGCUCGCUAUAGAAAUGGCGCCCAUAUCUGAGCCAUCACACCUGCUCAAUCCGCUGGUGAGCUCGGCUCAACUAGAGACGUCCGCAAGUCAGCUAGAUGGCCUUCCAAAAGAUCUCGAGGAUGCUAUCAAGUUUGAAACAAGCCGGCUGAUGCAAGCCGCGGGCAUUCUGCUUCGGCUACCGCAAGAAAUAGUCGCGCAAGCGAUUGUCAUGCUUCAACGAUUCUAUAUUGCACCUGAAGGCGGCAGUUUGUUGGAAAGCGACUCGAUGGAUGUUGCAGCUGCGUCGCUUUACCUGACCGCUAAGCCUUCAGCCUUCCCUGUCACUCCAAGACAAGUACUCACGUCAUUUGCCUAUCUCUCGAGCUUGGAACCUGGAUCAAUUCUCUCCCAGAACACCGAGGACAAGCUUUCCUCCUCGUGGCAUCUUUCAGAAGGUGAUUAUGAGACCGGCAGAGCCGCACUAUACGCAUAUGAAGCGUUAAUCCUUCGUACCCUUGGAUUCCAGACUCAUGUCGCCUUGCCGCAUACACUCUGUAUCAACUAUUUGCAGACACUAGAUGUGUUACAAUCUGGCAAUGGACCACUUGUUGCGAAGAGAACAUUCGCACAUCUCAACAGUGCGCUGCUGAGUCCACAAAUGCUGUACCUCACGCACCAACCUUCGGCACUUGCCACUGCAGCCAUUUACCUUGCCGCCAAGGAGACAGGCACUAAGCUGCCAGAAGUCGAAUGGUGGGAAGUGUUCGAUGUUGAUCGGGAGGAGCUUGGUUUCCUUGUAGUCGCACUUCGAAGCGUCGAGGGAUUUGCAUUAGCGCACAAGGAAACGUGGAGCGGAAGAAGAGUACCAAUGUCCGUUAAGGAGCUCAAGGAGGAGAUUGAGCCGCGGUAGUGACCCGAGACCUGGAGAUGAUGCCGAACUGCGUGGCGUGGACCACUGCAUGAGGCGCGUUCUCGCGCGUAACCGGCAAUGGGUCAGUGGGGAGUGGGUUGCUUUUGUCUGGCCUGCUUUCCGACCUGGUUGCCUCAGGGACAGGCCGUCAUCACAACAGCAAUUCAAGGCGUCAAGAAUGCUUACUCUGACCUCGAGCCGGACACCACCUGAUCGAGGAAGAGCACGUAACCUGUUUGGGAUGACUAUGGAUGUCACGCAGACCAACAACCACAUCGAUGAGUGUCGAUGACACAAUUGCAUCGUCCAUCGGCCUCCCAAGAGCAAAACAACCCGUCAGCCGACGGGAGCAAGACCGAACCGAACGCAGAGCCGCAAAAUGCCACGCCUCAGGCCAUCACAUCCU